GAAGAUCAAGAAAAAUAGAAUAAUAUUGUGAUAAAGUGGAAUACUGGUUUGUCUUAGAGAAGUGAAGAAGGCCACGAAACAAACACAGAAGAUAUUCCAAAACAUCAGCAAUUAGCAUGUAUAUAUAUACAUAUUCAUUCAUACACGAUUGAUUAAUUUGAUUUGAAAAAAUAAGAAUAAGAAUCCAAAGGAAGGGGGAAAGGGGAAACCCCGCCCCGCCCCGCGCACUACAAAAUUCACCCCUUUUCUUUUCCCUCUCUGUCUCUGCGCACAUCGAAGCAAAACCCCCCCAUUUGCUCACAAUCAUUGUGUUCUCUCUCUCCACCACCUCUGCUCAUGCUUUCAAAUUAAAGUGUGAUUCCUUCAAUAUACAUUCAUGUGAAUGUAUAUUGAGAGAUAGACAGAGAGUAGAUAGUGUUGUUAGGGGAUUUGAAUUGAAUUAGGAUGACGGAGGUGAUCCUCCAUGUAUACGACGUGACUAAUAGUGGCAACGACAAAACCAACAACACUAUUUUGCAGAUCAACAAGAUCUUCAAAGAUGGAAUUGGUCUCGGCGGCAUCUUCCACAGCGCUGUUCAGGUUUAUGGAGAUGAUGAAUGGUCCUUUGGGUUCUGUGAACACGGUACUGGUGUGUUUAGCUGUCCCGCAACGAAGAAUCCAAUGUACACAUACCGUGAAACUAUUAGACUUGGGAAAACAUCCUUCUCUAUCUUCAAGGUCAAUCAGAUCCUGAGGGAACUCAGUAGAGAGUGGCCUGGACAAUCAUAUGAUUUGCUAUCCAAGAACUGCAAUCACUUCUGCGAUGAGUUAUGUGAAAGACUUGGUGUGCCAAAGCUUCCUGGAUGGGUUAACAGGCUUGCUCAUGCUGGAGAUGCUGCUGUUGAAAUAGCUGGAAACACAGCCUAUCGUUUGAGGCAAGCAAAAACCGAGAUUGUAAGUGCUAGCAAAGUAGCAUACCGGUAUCUGGCUGGAGUUGCAUCGAGCAAUUCGGCAGUUGGACCUGAGUCUCCUGGAAACUCCAGUAGAGGAAGUCCGAGAUUCCACGGUACGUGGUUCAAGAACCUUAUCUCACCUGGUGCAAAGCCAUCUACUAGUUCAGAACGUGAUCAAGUGGUGGUAAAGCAACCUUCCCUCUCUCACCGCGAUGUCUGAUACCAUCCUUGUCGAUUUGUUGUAUAAUAUUUUAUUUCAUUCAAUUGUGAAUUUCCUCAGUUUCAACAUCUUAAACAAAUACUAUAUCACACUGUUUUCUAUCUUCGUUUUCCAAAAUCAAUUUCAGUCAAGUAACCUUCCAUGUUUA